AGCCGUGGGUAAAACAUGUCUUCUUAUCAGCUACACCACCAAUGCUUUUCCAGGAGAAUACAUUCCAACUGUAUUCGACAACUACUCAGCCAAUGUGAUGGUUGAUGGCAAGCCCAUCAACUUGGGCCUGUGGGAUACAGCAGGUCAGGAGGACUACGACAGGCUGCGUCCGCUUUCCUACCCACAGACCGAUGUCUUCCUCAUCUGCUUCUCCCUUGUCAACCCAGCCAGUUUUGAGAAUGUCAGAGCAAAGGUGAGGGACCUUUUCAGGGUUGGGGAUUUUGGUGCGUCAGGCGAGUUGGGCUCCAAACGACGCCGACAUGCGGGGCCUGGUUUUGGGGAACGUGAAGGCGUCGACUGUCGUGUCGCGGGGGACGUGGCCGGGUGGAGGGGAGCGUUCGUGGGUAAGAUCUGGAACGUGAGAGGGAACAAGAAGCUAACCCCUAUUUCGUACCCACAGGGUCUAUCCAUGGCUAAGGAGGUUGGAGCUACCAAAUACCUGGAGUGUUCAGCGCUCACGCAGAAGGGUCUCAAAACUGUGUUUGAUGAAGCGAUCCGCGCAGUGCUGUGCCCUGUGCCCCGGCCGAAGAACAAACGCAAGUGCCUGAUCCUCUAAGGCAGGACUAUGGGGGGGGACUGCAGGCACGAGAUGCACACGCGUGGCGGGCGUCCCAUUGACUGACUGACUCAUUGGCGUAUCAUCCCUGGUUCGAUUGUUUGUGAGGAGAGAUGGGAGCAGCCCCCCUGACCUUCUCCGUCAGGGGGAAGGGGGUGUUUGGCAUGUGGCCGGUCUGCCACGUUGAGGCUUUUUGCAGCGCAGCAUCCGUCAUUGUCGAGUGAGACAUGCUGUGGCUGAGAGGGCACCGUGCAUGACAUGUGGUUAUUUCUUAUGUUAUUAGUUACACAGAUUUACAUGAUAGAAAAAAUGAAAAUGACAAAAAAAAAAAAAAAAAAAAAAAAUU